GACUUAGGCUUGCCAUUUAGCCAGGCGAAACCUGUCUUUCAUAGAAAUGAUUUUCUAAAAAUUACCCAUUUUCGAGGCGACCAUCUAAAUUAUUCAUUUGGCAUAAAAAUAGCUAAAUUGAGGGUUUUCUUUUAAUAUGGCGUGGACCACCGGUCGCAUACUCCUACAGCUAUACUCGCACCGAGUCCAACGCCAGAGCUUCGCCUCAACGACACCUGAUGGCGCCAGUGGACAGAAACUAGACGGGCUUCCAACUACUGCGAAGGGCUCGUUUAUGGAAUCACUAUUUUCCAAGUGGCUGCAGGACCACAGGUCGAUCCAUGGAACCUGGAAUCGAUUCUUUAAGGACUUUGUGGAGGACAAAGCUGCGGCCAGUGACGAUUCCAGUACUAAGACUGAUUCGGAAAGCAAUCAAGGAAGCGAGAUCCUUGGACAAGGGGACACCUUACCACCACAGCCCACGUUGGAUUCAAUAUUACCAGGAUCGGUGAUCCAGCUCCCAGAAAAAAUUACCCAGCAGGAGACACCAGAGGAACCCGAUAAAGCAGCCAAGGGUGACGAGAAACCUACAAUCCGCAAACGCAGAAGGUUUCCGAAAUUCACUUUAUUCCAUAAAUUUGCAAAAUUUCGAAGGCGUGGGGUGCAAGAAACAAAAAAAGGCCGAUCCGUGCUCUUCAAGAGCUAUUACGAGGACAAACUGAAUAAAGAGAAAGCUAAGCAAUCAAAGCGGAAACAAGAUGGCCUCAAGGAUAAUCCAAAGAAGGAAUUGCUUGAGAAGUCGCAGGAAAAGCUACAACCAAUCCAUCUUGGUGACGAGUUUCACGAUCCAAAUGAAUCGCCCAAAACUAGUACAUAUAAAAGCCUGGACGCCAUUAUCGAUGAACUGGACAAUGCCACCAUAAAUAUGGCCUUGCCCCAUCCAAUUCACAAAGAGGGAGUAAAGGAAAUUCAACUUUGGAAGGCAGACGGAGCAUUACAACUUUGUAAAAUGCCUUCAGAUAUAAAAUCUUUUACAGAUUUACCGAGAACAUUGAUAGAUCACUCCGAGAAAAGCUCCAAGUCUGAAGAAAUAGUGUUGAUGAGUGAGGAUAAAGCAACAGAUAAUGUAUCCACCGCCGAAGUAACUGCAGAAGCCAAGUCUGAGAAUCUCACUGAGGGACUCCAAGCUCCACUUGACGAUGUCAUCGACAAGAAGCACGAAACGGACGCUCCCACGCAGCCUCCCAUUGAUCCCUAAACUGUAUCUUGGAUGUUCA